AUGAGACUGGAAUACCGAGUAGAGCUUCUGGAUCAUGACUGGGUCGUUGCUGAAAGGCAUAAGCUGAUUCCUUCAGUUUAUGCAGUAUUAGAUGUGCAAGAAGGUAAGUAUGGGCAUGCUGAUGCAGUAACAUAUUCGGGCCCAACUUUUAUAAGAAUCCACAGUAGUAAGCAUGAUAGUAGUACCAUGUACUCACAUAGAAAAGAUUUUGACGACUUGAUGAAUGAGAAACAAUUGCGCAACUACACUACAACAACAAAUGAACAACCUAAACCUGUAGUGGUGCUGCUAAAUGAUAGUGGUCCUGACGAGAAUCCCCGAUAUAGAAAGACAAUUCAGAUGAUGAUCAAACAUUUUGAUAAAUACGAUCUCGACACCAUCAUUGUAGCAUGCUUUGCAUCUCAUCAAAGUGCAUCUAAUCCAGUUGAAAGACGAAUAGCACCUCUAAGUUAUGACUUAGCUAGCAUCAUACUCCCAUAUGAUACAUUUAGAACACAUUUGAAUACACAAUUGAGAACAAAUAAUGAGGAAUUAGAAAAACGUAAUUUUAAAGCAGCUAGAGAUGUUUUAACAUCAGUAUGGGAAAAUACAAUUAUAGAUAGUUACCUGGUUCUUGUCAAGUAUAUAGAUUCUUCUAAAAAACAUCACUAUUCAAAUGAGAAGUCAGCACUUUGGAUGGAGAAACAUGUAAUGACUUGUCGUUACAUGACUCAAGUCACAAAGUGUGAUGAUCAAAGCUGUUGCAAACUAUUUCGAAGUGGAAUAAGGCAAAUUCUUUCUAAUUGCUUUUUUUCUCCACCACUCAAAAUUCAACAAAAGCCUUCCAGUAUUUGCGCAGCAAACAUAAAUGCAUCUGAUGAUACAAUUCAUUAUUCUGAACCUCCUUUGGAUGUUCAAGAUUUUCAAGUAGACACUAAUGUGUCUAUUUACAACUAUCGACAUGGUGAAGUCUUAAUUAAUAACCAAAGUAAGGACCUAUAUGGGUGGAAAAAGAAACAGUACCAGAAGAUGUAUUAG